UACACAACGUCUCUCUUUCUUUCUCUCUUUUUUUUUUUCCUUUGUUUUUUUCACUUCUUCUCGUUAUCCGUGACGUUUCGCCCGGCUGCGCUCGCGUACAGCAUGCCCCGCUGCACUUCAACGUCAGACCGUGGCCGGUUGUUGAUUUUCCUAAUUCUACUCUCGUUAAGCGGUCUUUGAACGAUUGGCGAUAACGUCGAACCAGACAAUGCGGUUCUGGACAAGCGAUCUCGCGAUCGCUUUGAUUUUCACGACAGACUUCUCUCAGAACAAUCAGUUUUCGGCACGAUUAUAUUCUACGAGCGCAUGCGGGGCAGGAAAGGAAAUCCCGGCGAUACCUGACGCAUUCCUCAGACAGGUAUCGCCGCCAGGUGCUACGAAUCACGUAGUUUCACGAAAACCUGGCGCGGCGUUACGAAGGGAUAUCGAGGCGGGUUGCCUAUUGUCGUCGUUUAUUGUUCAUGAGAUUCUCCGUUCGUCUGCCGUACAAGCCAGGCAGGUCACCUGCUGCGAAGGACAACGAAGAGAGCCGGGUUUAUCUAACCUAGACCAUCACCGGUGCAACCGGAGCUCGCUUCUUCGCGCACGAAUUUAUUUUCGUCGUUCGGUCGACUUGACAUGGCCGAAAAAUGGUCGCUCUUCUUCGCCCGGCUGGCCUCGCACAGGGAUUCUUUCCGAGGCCGUGACAUUGACUGCAACACAAACGAUCUGUUUGUAGAUUUCGUCUCUGUAAAGAACAAGGAGACCUCCCCGGACGGCUUUCAGCCUUUCAAUUUUGAUUAACGCUCGCAGAAACCAUUCUACUCUCGUUUUACUUUUCCAGUUCACGAGAUUCACGUGAAGCUUUUCUGCUAUUCGUCUCGUGGAGUCGAAUCACGCGCAAAAAGCAAACAGAACGCGUCGAGGGAUGAGUGUACACUUAUUGACGUGACGAGCGGUGUCACGUCCGAUAACGCUCGAUAUCGCGACACCAGUCGUGACCUCGGUUCAUCUCUACGUCUCGUCGGCGUAAUACGUGAAGGGACUUUAAACCGGUGCAUGAGAGGACAAAUCAAUUUCGAAUUGGCCGAUAAUAAUCCGAGGAGACGAGUUUGGUACUCUCUCUCUCUCUCUCUCUCUCUCUCU